AUGAUUUCACUACGUCUUCUGUUUUAUCGUCUAAGGAAAAAUCCAUGGUUUAUGGUGCUUUUCCCCAUAGCAUUGACGGUCUUCAUUUAUUUCGAAAUUGUUAGCUCUGGUAAUCCAUACUUGGGAAAUGAUGGUAAUUCAAUUGCCGAUCACAAAUGGGCCCAUGAGAAGGAGAAUACGUUUUAUUUCCCAUAUUCUAACAAAUAUAAAAUGCCCAAAUACUCUUACAAGAAGAAAAGUAGUUGGUUGUUUAACGAUAGAGUAGAAGAUAUCAUUCCAGAAAAUCAUAUUGCUCACUAUGAUCUAAACAAACUACAUUCAACAGCUGAGGCAGCAUUAAACAAAGAACACGUUUUGAUUUUAACACCAAUGCAAACUUUCCAUCAAGAAUACUGGGACAAUCUUUUACAAUUGACUUACCCACGUGAAUUCACGGAACUAGGGUUUAUCCUUCCAAGAACAAGUUCUGGUGAUAUUGCCCUCUCAAAAUUGGAAGCCGCUGUUAAAAAAGUUCAAACCGAUAAGAAAAAUCAAAGAUUUUCCAAAAUUACCAUCUUGAGACAAAAUUCUGCAGGUUUUGAUAAACUCAUGGAAAAGGAAAGGCAUGCUUUGGAAGUGCAAAAGGAAAGGAGAAGUGCAAUGGCAUCGGCAAGGAAUGAAUUGUUAUUUUCAUCAUUGGGACCUAAAACUUCAUGGGUACUUUGGUUAGAUGCUGAUAUUGUGGAAACUCCACCAAAUCUAAUUCAAGAUAUGACAUCUCAUAAUAAGGCAGUGUUAUCUGCAAAUGUUUAUCAAAAAUAUUAUGACGACCAGGCUAAGAAAGUUCAGAUUAGACCUUAUGACUUUAACAACUGGCAAGAAAGUGACACUGCCCUAGAAUUGGCCAAGCAAAUGGGUGAUGAUGAAAUUUUAGUGGAAGGUUACGGAGAUUUGGCAACAUAUAGAGCUUUGAUGGCAUAUUUCUAUGAUGCUACGGGAGCCACAAAUGCUGAAAUGAAUUUAGAUGGUGUCGGUGGUGGUUGUACAUUGGUUAAGGCUGAUGUUCAUAGAGAUGGUGCAAUGUUCCCAACUUUCCCAUUUUAUCAUUUAAUUGAAACUGAAGGUUUUGCCAAAAUGGCUCAAAGGUUAAACUACGAUAUUUUCGGGUUGCCCAACUAUUUGGUUUAUCACAUAGAAGAGACUAACACUUGA